CGCGCGUAGCUACAUUCGGUUGGACCCUAUUUCGCAUCGUGCUUGAAAAUCACGUAAGCCUUACGUCGGGGAAAAUCCUCUGCGCGAGAGAAGUAUUUCAUCGUUCUAUCUACGUGUCAAACUACCGCUGUGUUUACCUGAAUUUGAUCGAAAACGAAAUUUAAACUGGCGCGAAUCUAAUUCACCCCCUCGAAGUGUUCCUUAAGUUUAUAAUACUCGCUAUAAAUCGGAACUUUAGAAACUUCAGAAAACUUAGUGAACUGUAUAUAUCAAGAUUUCGUUGAUCUAGCGAGCUAAAGACUUCGAGCGUGAGCUGUCAUCUUGAGAAAUUCGCUAACUGCGAUCACACGACUCUGUCAAGGACUUUUUGCAAUACUGUCAUUUAUUUCAAAUGUUUCGCAGAUCGUUCAAAUGAUUUCUAAUAAAUUAUUAUUUACGUACAGUAAAGAGAAUGUUGCAAUAUUGCAGUACAUAAACUGGACAGUCAAGAAAAGUUAAUUUUAUAUCCCGUAAGAAAGUUGGAAUUCCGUUAUUCUAAUUGCGAGCAAAGACCUUCUAUAAAAAAUCAGAAAAAUUCCAUGAUGCAACAUCAUAUUUUGGCAGAUACUUCAAUUGCAUACGCGGGGCAUUCGUAAUUUCCUUAUCGCGACCAUCAAAGAUUCAAUCGAUUUCAAUUUGCAUGAGCUGGUACUGUCGAGGCAAUAUAUCUUGAAUUCCUUUGCUUCUUCCAAUACGUUUGAUAAUGCUCGCCUGGAGAAUUCUUACGACAAUGAUACCACUCGAAAUUCUCCUUGGGAUAAAAAACACGACUUAUUCGCGCAUGUAAUUGUUUUAAAAUAUUCAUUCAUAUCACGAGGCCAAGAUAGUGUCCCGACGCGGGGGGAGGAUGUGGCAGUAUUAAGAGACGAAGUUUAACUCGGGGGAUUUGGCAAUGAUUAAUGCGACGAAGAGGUGAUGUCAUGUGGCGAAACUUUGGUUGGACGGCCAUUCUGGCCACAUGGACGAUAUUACUAAUUUUGAAUAGCGGCUUAGCCGGUGAACGGGUCCCGAAUAAUCCGCAAAACAACAAUGAAGACAUUCCUUACAAAGUUGAUCACGGAGCGACGUAUCCCGUUUUCGAUAAGAAAGUUGUCGACGAUUCUAAGUUACGAUACGCGAGAGAGAAUUUCAAAUCGAAUGAUCGUUCAUCAAUGCAUGUGAAAGCAGUUUCUCUGGAAUUCAAAAAUACGGAAAAUCGUGAUUCACGACUCAGUGGCUAUGAAAAGCACAUUACGAUGUCAAAUGCAAUGGCUACGACGAAGUACUUGAAAGACGCCGACGACAAAAGUGCGCGACUGAUUACAAAAAAAGUAGGAACGGAAAACGUAUGGCUGUCAAAAGUUAUCGUUGUGAAAAAGUCAAAAAAUACAAGGAAUUAUCUUAAGUUCGUAUCUAGCCUACGUCCGUCGCCGUCGACGUUCCGAGAAUCGGAAAGUGCCUCGAGGCAAAGAAGACGCAAGGAAAGAACCAUUUACGUGUUCUUGAACGAUCGUAAAAAGGUUGGAAUGAUAAGACACGAUACUCAGGCGUUUGGCAAGAAAGACGGACAAUGGAAAGAGUACGAAGAGGAUCGAGUCUUUAGCGAAGAAAACGGAAUGACCGCAUUCUUCCCUGACAAAUUCACAAAGGGUCCGCGUAGCGAGAAAGACAGUUCUAUACUGCAGAAGUUCAAAAAUUCCGGCAUCUCGCAACUCAAAAGUACGCCGGAAGACAUUGAGUCUAGAGACGCCGAUGAAACACGCGAACGUAAUAGUAAUAAAAGGCAUUCCCGCGAAAGUCUCGAGCUGACGAAAACCAGCGCGAAUAAAUUGAUUUACGUUGAAGUCAGCGACAAAUCUCAAGGAGUAGAGCCAACUUUUUCAAACUACUUAAGCUCAAAGGAAAAUCAGAGUCGUGGGGAUGGAACUAUUACAACUACUGCAGAUAACGUCACAGAAAAUUCACUCUACGAACGUUCCGUACCUGUCACUCGGACCACGUUAAUCUUCAACUCCAAAAUCUCGAGUGCAAACAGAGUUGGUAAUGAAGAAAACACCGUAAGUCCCUAUCACUCUUCGGAGGACGAAUAUUCAAAAUCCUAUAAAGCGGAUAAGUUUCUAGUAGCCGAAACACACAAGCGCGACGAACAUUCAAAGGUAGGAUUUAAAAUAAGUACAGACGGGAACAAGAAGGGGAACGUCAUCGAUCCGUUCGCUCUUCGUGUAUCAAAUUCGCACGAUAACCAUUUUAUUAGAAAAAGAAACAGCUUUGCGAGACGUCCUUUUCUAUAUAAAAAAAAGAACUUGUUAAAGGCAAACGACAUAUUUGACUCGCGACAUCAAUAUCAUUCUUCAAUAAGCGAUGUGAGAAUAAAUAGAAAAGCAGCGAAUCUUGGCAAGAUGCAUAUAAGAAAAAAAAUAGAAGAAAAGAAGAUCACUGCCGUUGCAAACUACGCAACGCGCAACACACACAAAGUCAAACGUGAUCUGUUACCAACUAAUUUAUCUACCAAGGGAAACGACGAGUCGAACUUAGACUAUCAGAUGCCAGCGCGUAUUUCAGUCACGCAGAAAAGGAAUCCGAUGCACGUACGACACGUCGAAUCCGACGCGAACUGCGAGCGUCCGCGGACAACCGAGUUCGAGGCCGAAGUUCGUGACGCGUUUCGAAUCAGCCUCCGGAAUGUCUCCGGUCCAUCGGAGAUCGCAAAAUUCGGCAGUCACCUAGACCAGAAAGCUCGCAGUCGCCCGAAAUACCCGCGGAAUUUUCAUGCCAUCAAUAUCGGUACACGGCCUCCGCGCAUCGCCGAGACAACUGAUGGAAGAUCGGAACUCGACGUGGAGCGAAGAACUUCAGCCGGGAGCGUAUCUAUCUUUUUCGGCGCAGCGAAUGUCAGCGAUAAUUCGACCGGGAUGCAGAAGAUUAAUGGGCGUGUGCAGUCAUCGAACGUACUUACGGAUGAGCCCGGAUUAGAAAAUGUCGGAGUUACGACGGGACGAGGCGGAGAUCGUCGUGAUGUGCAUGAAGAAUCUGGAUUUUAUUCACGAAGAGACGGUGUCCAUAACUCAAAGUAUCGACGAUACAAACGCCAAGACUGGAACACCCCGGGGAUAUCGACGUCAACUGAAUUCGAUACCGAGACGUGGAAGACACUCGAUACGACUAGGGUAACAACAGCAUCGAACUCGCUAAUCGAAUUUACCGCGGAUUCGUCCAUUUCGACAACUCAAACAAAUAAUAUAGAUCAAAUAUCAUCUAAUGCGAAAAAAAUUCUUACAUCUGCAAAAACACUGCCGACCACUUCGAGACACACAGAAUUACAGAAAGAGCGGCAAUUCAUCCGAUUGGCUCCGACCGAUAACGAUGAAAGAUACACGAACGCACACACAAAUCCGGCAAGAAUGGAUUCUGAUGCCUCUGACUCAUUAGAGAUACCGUUGAUAAAUGAUCCGAAGAUCUCGAACGUCAGUACGGCGGAAACGCCAUUUCCAAUUGAAGCGCACGAUCGAUCGAGCACAAUAGCCAAAAUAGACAGCUCUAUUAUUCGAAAAGACGUUCCUACAACCGUGGAAGCAAACGUGCGAAUAUCCGACGCUACGAACAAGAUCCUCUUGGAUGUGUCUUCGACCGAGCUCAUUAAUGCGCAAGAGGGAGCGUACGGUAAUGAAUCCGUUUGGACCAUUGACCCACUUCGUCAAAGGAACAGUGAUCCUUCUCAAGGUGUCUCCGAGAACAUCACCACGGAGAAUGUCGUCGACUCGUCAGCCAGUGCCGACGUGCUCUCGGAGCAGUGGCCUGUAAAACAUAGCGCGGUGGUGGAAGGUGAUCUCGUUCUCGGCGGACUGAUGAUGGUGCACGAAAGAGAAGAUACAAUUACAUGCGGCCGUGUAAUGCCUCAGGGCGGCGUUCAGGCUCUGGAAGCCAUGCUGUUUACGCUGGACACUCUCAACGAUCGGGAUAUCGUGCCUGGCGUCAAGAUCGGUGCGCACAUACUCGACGACUGCGACAAGGACACGUACGGCCUUGAGAUGGCGGUGGAUUUCAUAAAGGGUUCAAUAAGCAACAUAGAUGGUGCGGAAUAUCACUGCAACAAAACUGCCGUGCGAAAGGUAAUCAGUGGGGUUGUUGGUGCAGCGAGUUCAGUAACUUCGAUUCAGGUUGCCAAUCUCCUACGAUUGUUUAAAAUUCCGCAAGUCUCUUUUUUCUCGACGAGCCCAGAACUUUCCAACAAACAACGCUUCGAAUAUUUCAGCCGCACGAUACCCAGCGAUCACUAUCAGGUCAAAGCGAUGGUCGACAUUGUACUGACGAUGGGUUGGAGCUACGUUUCCAUCAUUUACGAGGAGAGCAACUACGGCGUAAAGGCUUUCGAGGAACUCGAGGAACUACUAGGGAAAUAUAACAUAUGUAUCGCCGUCAAAGAAAAGUUGGUGAAGGACUCCGGAGUCGCCGAAGAGGUCGCCUACGAUGAGAUAGUUUCAAAGUUGCUGACAAAACCGCGAGCGAGAGGUUGCAUUAUCUUCGGUUCCGAUCAAGAAGUCGCCGGGGUCAUGAGGGCGGUCAGGCGUCGUAAAGCGACCGGGGUUUUUUCCUGGAUCGGCAGCGACGGCUGGAGUGCAAGAGGAUUAGUGAGUAACGGUAACGAGCCGGAAGUCGAGGGCACUCUAUCGGUUCAACCUCAGGCGAACCCCGUUAAGGGUUUCGAAGAGUACUUCCUCAACUUGACCGUCGAGAACAAUCGGAGGAACCCGUGGUUCGUCGAAUUUUGGGAAGACCAUUUUAAAUGCCAAUAUCCAAAUGCGCCCCGGACGCCGUAUAACGUAAAUUACACGAAGAAAUGCACAACGAAGGAACGUCUCACCAAACAGAACACGGCUUUUGAGGACCAACUGCAGUUUGUUUCCGAUGCAGUAAUGGCAUUCGCUCACGCUUUUCGAGACAUGCAUCACGACCUUUGUCACGGAAAGGCGGGACUGUGCGACGAGAUGAAACCGACUAACGGAACGUUACUCUUGCAGUACCUGCGCAAUGUGAAUUUCAAGGGUCUAAGCGGAGACAAGUUUAAUUUCAACAAGGACGGUGACGGACCGGCGCGGUACAACAUCAUACAUUUCAAGCAAACCGAACCGGGCAAGUACAAGUGGGUUCGCGUUGGCGAAUACUCGGAAGACGAGCUGCGACUGAACAUGUCGGAAAUCCAAUUUAAGCUUGGACAUCCUCAGCCGCCCGAAAGCGUGUGCUCCUUACCUUGCGAGGACGGUCAGGCAAAGAAAUACGUCGAGGGUGAAAGAUGCUGCUGGCAUUGCUUUAAUUGCACUCAAUAUCAGAUACGGCAUCCCGAGGAUGAGACGCAGUGCAGUCAGUGUGAACGAGGCACGUUGCCGGACGAAACACAUUCGAAGUGCCGGGAAGUUCCGGAAGAAUUUCUACGUCCGGAAAGUGGCUGGGCGAUAGGUGCGAUGUCUUUUUCCGCCACGGGGAUUUUGGUGACAUUAUUUGUCUGCGGAGUUUUCCUCAAACACAACGAUACGCCUGUCGUACGUGCGUCUGGACGAGAACUAUCUUACGUUCUACUCUCGGGAAUUCUACUCUGUUACCUCGUCACAUUCACUCUGAUAUUCAAACCUACGCAUAUCGUCUGUGGUAUUCAAAGAUUCGCCGCGGGCUUCUGUUUCACGGUGGUAUACGCGGCUUUAUUAACGAAGACCAAUCGAAUCUCAAGGAUCUUCAACGCCGGCAGUGCAAAAAGGCCGUCCUUCAUAUCACCGCGGUCGCAACUUAUCAUCUGCUCCGGAUUAAUAUCCGUGCAGAUCUUAAUUAACGUAGUUUGGAUGAUCAUCGAUCCUGCCAGAGCGAUGCAUCACUACCCCACGAUGGAAGACAAUCUACUCGUAUGCAACAACUACAUCGACACGAGCUAUAUGAUCGCAUUUACAUAUCCCAUAAUAUUAAUAAUUGUGUGUACUAUCUAUGCCAUCCUCACGAGAAAAAUUCCAGAAGCUUUCAACGAGAGCAAGCACAUCGGUUUAACGAUGUACACAACAUGCGUCAUAUGGCUCGCUUUCGUACCUUUGUACUACGGUACCGGAAGCAACGUCGCACUGAGAAUUACCUCAAUGUCUGUAACAAUCAGUCUUUCUGCAUCCGUGACGGUGGUUUGCCUCUUCAGUCCGAAGCUGUACAUUAUUUUAAUCCGACCCGAGAGAAACGUACGCCCAACCGUGAGGGCAGGAAGGCCUAACCCGACGAAAAGUUCGGCGAUAACUGCCACAAAUGCCUCGAGUAUGAUGGGGCCGGUGACGGCGACGACGGUUUUGACAGCCGCUACUUGCGAUCAAAAUAAAGCCAUCAAGAAACAUAUCGCGUCCACGAUGGACUGCUCCACUCAGAGCGAAUGCUACGAAAUGGAAUUGAAGGAACGGAAAAACGGGGAGCCGCUGACAACGUGCAUUUCGCGAUCAACGCAGACGACUGUCAACGAGAAGGAAUUUGUGACCGUCGUGACGAGUAAUAAAAAAUCGCCGGACGUAAUCGUGUCCGCGAGUAACAUGGAAUCAAUAAAUAGCACGACGACAGCGAAACGGCUCAACAGUAAUGCGAGGAUAGGUAAUGGACCGCUUUCUCAAAGCGACGUCUCUUUAUAGCGGAAGAUAGAACUGUCAACGGAAUCGCCGGUAUUAACUGUUAGUUUAAAACCGAUCUCGAAGAAUCCCGUCGUCGUUUGAUUUAUUCUACUGCAUAUAUAUAUAUACAAUUAGAUCUACGCCAACGGAUUUUUUUAGCAUAACGAGGCAGGCAAAAUAUCCAUUUUGAAAAUUAUUUUAAAAAACAAUUAAUAAUUUAUCGUCAGACGCUCCUCGUCAGCAAAAUAACAACAACCAUGCGCCAAUUGUGCGAUAUAGUGUACUUAUAUAUCGUAUACGUUUGGAUUAGAGUUGAGUAAAUCUGAAAUAGAAGAAAUUUAUUAUACGUAUUGUAUAACGUGCCGAAAAUAUAUGUAUAUUCUAAGAUGCAUGAUAUGUUACAAACUUAUAAUCUUAAGUUACACGUAAUAUGACAGAUAAACAUAAAUGAGCGUACAAUACGAGAGUUAAAGAUUGUUUGAUUACUUAAUUGUGUAACAUAAGUGCGCAAGAAUAUAUGUAUAAUUUUUAUUAUAAUGAGUUUAUUAUAAUGAGUUUCUUACUAUUAUAUUAUAUUCCUGUCUCUUAAUAAAUACGUAACUAACGUAACUAAAUAUAGCAAUUCUCUUGGAAAAAUUUUGAAAAUUAUGGUUCUAAUAAGAAUCAAAACAUUAUAUUAAUUUCGCUGGCAUUUAAUAAAUAAUAU